GGGUUUUUUCACUGAAUUUGGAUUUGACGUCUGUUUGCAGCAGAGCAGGUAUUACUGUAUUAAAUUGAGGAUAUUGCGUUUCAAUUACGUCAUACCCGGAAGCGCCAACACCGUCCUUACGGAAGCCGUGCUAGCUAUACUGUAUGGUUCUCAUUAUUACCUAAACUGCCAAAUAAGACAAAGAAUUGCAAAUUUCUUAAGUGCAUUGCUUUGUGUGGGAGUCGCCUUUACCAGUUCAGACUUUCUAUGCUCUGAGUCUCGUUAAGGUUGGAGCAGACGUUUUUUAACUUUGUUUUUUGCUAACGAGGCAGCUAGAGUGGCGAAGGCUCGUGUUAUUUUUGUUUCUGUAAACAUUGACGUUUCAUCGAUGGUGUGUGGGUAGGCCUUUUUCAUGCUUGUUCGCAAUUUAUGUAUAACUUCUCUCUGAAAUCGGUCAAAUCGCAACGUAUUUGCACCGACGAUCGGCGCAGUGUAUUCUCCUAGCUACUAUAUUACGAAGAAACCCGUCAAAGGGUAUUUAUUUACGAGUUGGUUAUUGUUGGGGCCGCCUGGUUUGUCCCUUGCCACGACUAUUGAAAGCGUGGCGAGCUUCACCAGCUCCCCGAGAACCGCCGGCUUCAAUGCGUGGGAUGAUGGGCAGCCAGAGUAGUCCUGUCAAGAGUUACGACUAUCUCCUUAAAUUCCUCUUGGUGGGAGACAGUGACGUCGGGAAGGGAGAAAUCCUGGAAAGUUUACAGGACGGCUCGGUAGAGUCUCCCUAUGCUUACACUAGUGGAAUAGAUUACAAGACAACAACAAUACUGCUGGAUGGAAGAAGAGUAAAAUUAGAGUUAUGGGAUACAUCUGGCCAGGGCAGAUUCUGCACCAUCUUUAGGUCAUACUCAAGAGGAGCACAGGGCAUCCUCCUUGUUUAUGACAUCACCAAUGGCUGGUCGUUUGAUGGCAUUGACCGCUGGAUCCGAGAAAUUGAUGAGCAUGCCCCAGGUGUGCCCAGGAUCUUGGUUGGUAACCGACUUCACUUAGCUUUCAAGCGGCAGGUUCCAACAGAGCAAGCAAGGGCUUACGCUGAGAAAAACAGCAUGACGUUCUUUGAGGUCAGCCCGCUGUGCAACUUCAACGUCAUCGAGUCUUUCACAGAACUCUCACGCAUCGUGCUCAUGAGGCAUGGGAUGGAGAAGUUCUGGAGGCCCAACAGAGUUUUCAGCCUCCAAGAUCUGUGCUGCCGUUCCAUCGUCUCCUGCACGCCCGUGCACCUCAUCGACAAGCUGCCUCUCCCCGUGGCCAUCAAAUCCCAUCUCAAAUCCUUCUCCAUGGCCAACGGCAUGAAUGCCGUCAUGAUGCACGGGCGCUCCUACUCGGUAGCCAACAGUGCCGCCUUGGGCGUCACAAGUUGUGGAAGCAAGGCCAACAGCAUCAAACGCUCCAAGUCCUUCAGGCCCCCACAGAGUCCACCGAAAACCUCUUCAUCCUCAUCCAAAGGGAACUGUAAGAUAUCAUAAUGAAAGCGUGCAGAAGUCUGUGUGUAUUUUAGCCUUGUUUUACUCCAAGAGGCCUCUUAAGGCCAAAGGAGGUGCAAACAACCUACCGACAAGUAAACCUGAUCAGAAUUUCGCACCACCUUGAAAUUGCUUCGCUCUGUUCUGAUGGGUUUGGGGUUUUUUUUUUCUCAAAUGUACUUAGUGCCAUGUUUGGAGGAUGUUUUGUCCGCACUUUUGCUAAAGAAGCUCAUUGAUCGAGUUCAACAUGACAAUGGACCAAAAGAUGAGUUGAGGUGCAUCACGCCACAUCCAACACUACAAAAAGAGGGUGCGGGGGUAAUCUUCAGCUCGUUUUAUUGACAAGUUUAUUUGUCUGUAAUAUUUAAAGUUGGAUGUGAACUUUUACAUUUUAUUGACAUGGGUGGGAGACUCGUCAAAUUUACAGUGUCUUAUACCCUGACCGAGGGUUCACUUUCUUUGAAAUCCGAGACUGUUUGUUGCAUUUUAAAUAUGACGUAUUUCAAUUUUAUAAUCGGGAAAAGAAGGGGUCGAUAAACUAUUUGCACAGAGUUAAACAAAGCCGGCAUCUAAAAACAGCAUUGCUCCGUUUGGGUUUUGUAAUGUCUUUGUCCUCAUCUGCUGCUCGUGUUUCAUCCACCGAUGGACAUUUUGCUCUGGCGUUUCGGCCUAUUUAGUGAAAUGAUAGUUUACAUUAAAUACACGGGAAAUGGCUUGGUGCUGAUGAUGUACAGGUUUUUAUCAUGAUAAUUGUGCUAUCUCAGUUCUUAUCAUAAAUUUGUGAAUUGUAUGUUUGUUUGUUUUAUUGCCUUUCCAAUAAUUGUAAACGGUACGUCAUGUAUUUAUGAAUGUAAAAAAUUGUAGUCAUCGGCGACCUUGCUGUGGCCACAGAGGACCAGCUGGAAUGUGAUGUCGCUGCCUCGCGUAUUUGUGCAUUGGACUGUCUUGCAGCCUCUUUAAAAGUGUAGGCACACGCGACAGAGGUGCAUGGUGACCGUUGACCUUGCACAAACUUCACCUUGGAACUCAAUAAUUGACAAAAGGUGUAAGAUGACAUGUUUACAGCGAAACCUCAGUAAGAGCACAAAGUAAGUGGGGUUGUAAUAAUCUGCAUAAAUAUCGGUAUGCCAUUUGAAUUCAGUCCUAACGUUACUUGCCUAAUAAAACAAAAUUAUUUGAUGAGAUUA